AUGCCGUUCAGAGAAUGGGCCACGUCCCUCAAAUCCUCGCGCACAAGUUCGCUCGACCCUUCGUCGCGCCGCAUCUCUGAGACGUCCCUCUCAAACACGGACAUCAACGACAGCGAGCGCACGCUCGUCGGCACGCUCGAGGUUCAGGACCUGCACUAUUAUCCCGGCGGUCAGGGGCGCCGCUCGCUCUCCGUCGUCUCGCCGACUCCGUCACAUCAGCAGCAGCCCCAGGUGAACCACCAGUCCAAGGAUGGCGGCUGCAUCCAGAGGCGGAUAGAUUAUUUCGUCAUCGAGGAUGACCGAUACGCCGUCCGUUUCGGCAACUACACCGGGGUAUGGGCAGGCAACGCGGGCGUUUCUGUGCCGCAGACGAGAAGUCGAUACUUUGGAGACCACAUCCACCAACAUGCCUACAACACGAACAAGGUCUAA